UUAUUAUUAUUAUUAUUAUUAUUAUUAUUAUUAUUAUUAUUAUUAGUCGUAGUAGUAUUUAAAAUGAUGUUGCACACCCGUUUGCAAGGCGCGGACGAUAAACAACAGCUACUAAACGGAAUCCCGUGUGCUGCCAUGGACCGUGUGAAGAUGGAGUCUGUCCAGAUUAAAGAGGAGUUCCUUGAACCUGAAAUUGUCCCCAAUAAAAUGGAGUUCUCUGGCCUGGCUUCCCUCCCCAUUAAACAGGAGAUAUGUGACUACUAUCAUUUACAGAUCUCUGAGAUUAAAACUGAGCACAAUGAAUUGCAGAUCCCCCAGACAGAAGAACCCCUUCAUGUUAAAGAAGAGGUGAUGGAAACUGCCCAUAUUAAACAGGAGCCCCAUGAAGUAGAGCUUGACCACAUGGAACCAGGGAAGGAAGAAUUUGAGGACUUCAAACCAAACAUCCCUGAGCUGGAGCCUGUACGCCUGCAGAAGUGUAGCGUGGUUCUGGAGAGAAUCUGCAUGAGAGAGCAAGGUGCUGGAGCGGAAGGCUAUCCCAACAGCAUGCAAGGAGGUGGAAAGGAAGACGGGCGUUCAUAUUCAAAACACAGUCUAGCAGAUUCCAGUCCAGCAGCUAAAGCGAAGCCAGACUGUGGAGAAUAUCCUGACUGUGGGAAAGGUUUCGCCCAGUUAGACCAUUGUAAAAUGCACCAGAGAAUUCAUAAAGAAGGGAUAUUGCAUCAAUGCUCUGACUGUGGGAAGAAUUUAAGUAAUGCAAAACACCUGAAAAUACACCAGCAAAUUCACACAGGAGAGAAACCGUUUAGCUGCUCUGACUGUGGGAAGAGUUUCAGUAGAAAAGACAACCUGAAAAAACACCAACGAAUUCACAUUGAACAGAACUUGUAUUGCUCUGACUGUGGGAAGAGUUUCAUUAGAAAAGCCAGUCUGAAAAAACACCAGAGAUUUCACACAGGAGAGAAACCGUAUCACUGUUCUGACUGUGGGAAGAGUUUCAGUCGGUCAGAACACCUUCAAAGACACCGUCAAAUUCACACAGGAGAGAAACCGUAUCACUGUUCUGACUGUGGAAAGAGAUUCAGUCGGUCAGCACACCUUCAAACACACCGGCGAAUUCACACAGGAGAGAAACCAUAUCACUGCUCUGACUGUGGGAAGCGUUUCAGUCAGUCCGGAGACCUGAGAACACACCAGCGAAUUCACACAGGAGAGAAACCAUAUCACUGCACUGAAUGUGGGAAGAGUUUUAGACAGUCCGGAGACCUGACAGCACACCGGCGAAUUCACACAGGAGAGAAACCAUAUCACUGUUCUGUAUGUGGGAAGAGUUUCAGUCAUUCAGGACACCUGAAAAAACAUCAGCGAACUCACUCAAGAUAGAAACUAUCACUGCUCUGACUAUGGGAGAAUUUCUGUGUCACACCAGUGAAUUCAGAGAGGAGAGAAACCUUAAAGAUGUUAAGUGGGACUUUUCACUCAUUAGGAAAAAAAUGUUAAGUUUGCAUUAUGAAUCCUUGUAAUAUUUGUAUUUGUACAACACUCCUAAGAGCAUACAUUGAAAAUGCUUGCACUCUGAUUGUGUCAGAAAGUGGGCGGUGACGCAGACAUGUCACAAGAGGCUUCUCUGCUGUCAGUUUAACUGGGGCUGUCAAUGCAUUCAGUGUCUGGGAGCGGGAAUGUGCAGAAUGGAAACUUGUCUGCAAUUUAAGUCAGGAGCAAUCCAUAACUCGUUGUGGUGAACGAGUUUCAGGGUUUAGGAAUUAAACUUAAUUUGAAAUUAAAUGAACCGAUGGGAACGAGUAUCCUGACCCAGGUAUGUAGCAUCCCAGAGACAAGACAGCACCGUCAUUACUGGGGAACCGCCUGGAGGAUUUGUCUUGUAAGAACUAACGAAAAACUAUAUUGUCCAAUAACUGUAUUACGACUUGAAUGACUGAAUGAUGCUCAACAUGUAGCUUUGCAUGGUCUAUGAUUUUAUUUGUGCCUACUUUUAUAAACUCACCCAAAUAAUACCAGUGUAGCAAGCAUGUGUAUGGAUCUUCACGGAGGAUUGGUAUUAUUUUUAAUCAUGCAGGUAACACAGCUGCAUUGUGUGGUUCAAGCAUGCUAUACUCUGCGUCGGACCUGGACCUGCGAAUACUUGGAUCGGUUUGGGUUUUUUUUUUCACAAUUCACAAUUGUGACUGUAACAUGUUUGCGGCUGCUGACAGAAAGAAAUUGCUCAGAAGUUUAAUUGAUUUUUUUUUCGCUGUCUAUUUAGCUGUACUAUAGUAAAAAUGCUAAGUUUAACAAGUAAGUAACAGGGUUCAAAAACUGUAACGUUACUCGGCCCUACGUGUUGCUUCAACUGUUUAAAUAACCUACCUGUCAUUUUUAUUUUCAUUGCUAACAUCCUGACAACUUUUGUAAUAUAA